UUUCAUGUCAGAAAGCUAAAUCAUAACAAGAGUCAACCUUUGACAGCAUGGGGAAGUCUUCACAUCACAAGACAGAAAACACUUUCAAGUUCCAAUCUUUCUCAGAACGGAUUGCAAAUGUUAACAUUGAUGUCAUCCACCGUAUUCGAUACAAUGAUGAUCAACCUGAGGAAUCUGGGACAUACUUUGGAGAAGCACUCAAUAAAUGGGCUGAAUUAAACUGCACCGAGCAUUUCACUAACUUCAGGACAGAAAUAUCUGCCCAGGUUCAGACCUUCACACAGUUAGUCCAUCAUGAGCCAGAGAUUGUUUCAGGCUUACAGAAGCAUUUACAAGUUCCUAACAGUCUGGCGUUUGAGCCUUUGUUGGAUCUUGUUGUUCAGUUGGCCCGUGACCUUCAGUCUGACUUUUACAAGCAUUUCAAGGACUUCUUCUCGAUCUUGGUGGGCUUGCUUAAUGGCCACCCACAAGACUCUGACCUUCUGGAGAAAAUCUUUACAACUCUGUCCUACCUCUUUAAAUUUCUGUGGAGAUAUCUUCUCAAGGAUAUCAAAAAUGUUUAUGGGAUAUUUUCAACCUUGCUGGCAAGCCCAUACAAAGACUACAUACAGAAUUUUGCUGCUGAGAGUUUUUCAUUCCUGAUGAGAAAGGUUAAAAAACGAGAUGAUCUCCUAAAUUUCUUAUUUUCUUCACUGGAAAGUAACCCAGAGCAGUCAUCUGGUGUGGGAAGACUUCUGUUUGAGAUGGUGAAGGGUGUCAGAAAUCAGUUUCACAGCUGCAUAAAUCAGAUUUUUCCUGUAAUCCUGGGGAAGCUUGGACCUGUUCAGCACCAACAAGAGGGGGAGUGUCCAGUAUUACCAUGGCAACUGGUUCAAACAGCUAUAGGUCACAUGAUGAUGUCAAUGGCAGACUACUCUACAGUUGAAUAUCUAGAAGAGCCUUGGAACUUUCUAUUGAUGGAGCUUGAACGACUGUAUGAAGUUUUUGCAAAGGGAGAUAAAUCUUGUAGUGCUGAUGCUGCUGAUCAGAUAACGAGACUUCUUCAUCUCGUCCAUGGUUGGUUGACCUACCACAGAGGAAAGAUCAUCUCUGAUCCAGACCAUAUUGCCAUGUGUCUUAUCCGGCUACUGAAGGGCCCAUGUCUGCCGGAUCAGGCUGGAGAGAAACUGUUGAAGGACAUAGCACAGCUUGUGUUACUGGCUUACUCCAAGCUGACCAUGGAAAACACAGCGAAACUCGUCUCUCUGGCCUUCAAGACAAAGUAUAACAGCAGUUUGUUGCAUGCUUUUACCAAAGACUUAUUUGACUUGCCACUUUUUGAAAAGGAUGUGUUGCCUAGUUUACUAGUCCACUGUGAUCGCCAGAUUGGGGUUCCAGAGGAGGGGUGUCACCAGGCGGCCCUGUCCCUCCUGACAGAGCUGGUAAUGAACAAGUGCACCAUGCCCAGCAUUACUGAUGACAGGCUUAAUACCAAAACUUGCAUGCUUGACUUCUCCUCAUUUAAAACCACUAAGAAGAAGUCUAGUGUUCCCCAGUACUUCAUAGAGUUAUUGACAUCUACCAAACUGACCAAGUCUGUGAGUGACCAGGCCUUAGGUCAGCUGUGGUCGGCUUUUGUGUGUUUGCCUCAUGUCAGACCCCUGGACAAACAGAAAGCAGUGGAAAAUAUGCAGAGACUUGUUACAGAAGCCAUCAAACUGGCAAAGUCUGACCACAGAAAAGGUGCUCUACGGAGCCUGCUCUUCCAGAUGGUAUAUGCGCUCUCCCUGAUACACGAAGAUGGGGAGCUGUUCAAUUGGAUCCCCUGGAAAACUGUGGAAAAACUUGUGUGUGAUUAUCCAGACAAUGUACCAGUCUUACAACUUUGUGACCUCUAUGUCUCUAUGGCAACAGAGGAAGGACACACAGACAUUUUACAGCCGUCUGUUUUUGAGAAACUCUUCCCUCCCCUGAAGAAAAACCUGAGCUCGUCACAACGUGAGGUGCGUCUGCUGACUUUGAGGAUCUUCACAAGAUUUGACCUCCCUCUGCCAGAGGUUGAGAACAGAAUGUCUCUCCCGGUCAGUGUGUUUCAGAUCUGUCAUAAGGCUGAGAGUGUACCUCUGGGUGUUCAGGAGUAUAAACAGAAGCUCAUGUACCUGAGAAAAUUAAACUUUGACAUUGUACAGAACAGUAUACCUGUAGGCGGUUAUGCAGAGGUUCCCUUGAGAUUUCUGAUUGGCUCUCUUUACAACAACUUUAAAUUGCUAUGGGAACCGUUAUGUGACCUAAUAGCUAGCCAUGCUAAUGGGUUAGAGAGAACACAGUUUUGGGAUAUUUACAAAGAAGAACUAGUCCUGGCCUCUGAGAGAACAGAAGCCAAGACACAAGGUAACACACUUAAGACAGAUGUUGACACUUUUUGUGAGUUACAAGGUGACGAGGAAGAACUGGUAAAGAUGUUCAAGGAACAUAUCAGAAAUCUAGUCUGUAAUAGCACAAAGCCUGAUGCGUUCAACUUCAGACUUCAGCUGUGGAAGGCAAUGCAGGGAUUUGCCGACAAAUGUGAAGCAAAAUCCCGGGAACUAGUUCCUCUGCUGAUGAGAUUUCUACAGAAUGAGUAUUACCCAGCAGAUUUGAGUGCAGCUCCAACUCAAGACGUCACAUUGCCGGAAAGUCAGGCGAAGACAACAACUGAUACAGAUGUUGACCAGGAAGAUUUUGUGUCUCAGAAAGAGAAAAAAGGCGGGGGAAAGAAGAGAGCACAAAAAGCCCUUGUUGUCCACUUGGAAGUGUUUGCUAAAUUUAUUAAUCCUAAGUCUGUGUACAUGGAAGAGGAACUACGGCACCUGUAUUAUCAGUUGCUGUUACAUCAAGAGGAAGAGAUUCAAAAAGUAGCCUUCAGUUGUUUGCUGACUUACAGAUGGAAGUACCUAAUGCCAUACAAGGAGAAUUUUGAGCGGCUGAUGGAUGAGGAAACGUUUCGUGAAGAGUUGGUGCUGUUCAGUCUGGAUGAACAGUCCAGUCCUAUAGACCAGGGACACAGGCCUCAGCUGCUGCCUAUUCUCUUCAGACUCCUCUAUGGUAAAAUGAUGGGUAAAGCUGGCAGUGGAUCAGUUGGUAAAGGAAACAGUAAUCUUCGUCGUUCACUUAUCUUCCGUUUUCUGGCAGGUUGUCGUCAAGAUGAGCUGAAGGUCUUUCUGGACCUUGUGUUUGAACCCAGCAAACAUUUCAUUUCAGAUGAUCCGGUAAAAAAGCUGUCGGAAAUCCAGGACAGUCUAGACUUGACAAAGUUAAUACCUCUGAAGAAAAUUCAAGGGAUUUUAAACACCAUAGAUAUACUAUGCAAGAAACUGGGGCACCUGUUGGAGGGCUAUCUCCCCUGCCUGCUGCAGAUUCUCCUGGGCCUGUCUCAAGUGUGUGCUGUGUGUUUGACAGUGAGGGAGAAAAUCAGGCCAGGAGCUGUUAACCUACUGAAGAUGCUGAGACAACUCACCACUGGUCAAAUCACACAGUUCUUUCAUGAAUUUGAAAGUUACAAGUUCUCAAGUAAAGAUGUGGAUGCUGUUUUCACAGUGGCAGUCUGGCCUCAGCUGGAAAAGUUACCCUUUGAAGGUGUAUACCACCCAACACCAUUGAUGAAACUCUUCCUAGCUUGGUCCAGACAUCCAAGGUAUAUUUGUCUACUAGGAAAAUGUCAAAGGUCUGACCCAUCAUGUAGCCCUCUGCCAUUUGUGUACGCAUUGUUGCUGUCCAAGACCAUUCAUCAUUCUGUCGUCAGUGUAAUCAUCGAGAUAACUGACAACCUUCUGAGCAUGCCCAACUUUGAGCCUACAGCUGAUAAUACUGCCAUCCAAGUGGAGCCCUGUGUGAGACCUGAUUGUGGCAUGUCAGAAACUCUUGGCACACAGCUGCUACUUCCACACAUUCCUGCUCUGCUACAACACAUAGAGGGCGCUGUUAAACAACUGGCAUUGGAACAGAACAAAAAGUUCGGUCAGAUCACCGAGUUGAGGAUACUGUCCAGAGUGAGUAGUUUUGUGAAGGAUGAGAAGCAGUGCGUUUCUUUAAUCCACCUUCUCCUGCCAUUCUUGGGGAAAUUGUCGUCUAAAUCUCAGGACAUGGAAGCUGACAUUUUGCGAAGUAUUCUGAACCUGAUCAAGUCAGUGAAGGAUCCUUCACAGUUUUACAGACCAAUCUCAAGAUUGUUCUCCACUAUUGAACCAAGAUUAUCUCGCCAACUUCUCUCUGAUAUAUUAAUGGUUUUAGGAGAGAAAGUCCCAUCUUUAUCUAAUGUAGCUGAAUUGGUGACCCAGUUGAACAGCUGGGAUAAACGUCGGAUGGAGGAGCCUGACUAUAAUAUCCGCCUGAGCGCUUUCCAGACUAUAAACACGACUGUCAAGGAAAUGACAAAGAUUGACACAGAUUUUCUAUUUCCCAUUAUUCACAACAGCUGUUUUUUCAUCGUCAGGGUGGAUGAUCUAUCUCUGAGGGACAAUGCCACACAUUGUAUGGUUACCAUGGUGAAGCAGGUGGCAGCACUAGAGGUGGAUACUGAAACAUUCCGUGAUGUCAUCACACAAGGUCUUCUGGUAGAGGUCAAAGCUGGAAUUCGCCACAAGAAGGAGGCCGUUAGGCAUGAGUUUGUGUCCCUCCUGGCUGUGUUAGUGAACUCAUUCCCGACCUCGCCGUGCUUCUCAGACCUCACAGCGCUCACAGACAAGGACCCAGAGGCGGAUUUCUUUGAGAACAUCAGACACAUCCAGGCUCAUAGAAGAGCUCGCGCCUUACGACGCCUCAUCAAGCACCUCCAGGGCCACCCAAUGAGCCUACACUUUAUCAACACUUACUUCCUGCCGCUAACGUCCGUCUUCCUGUUGGAUGAGUCGUACAUCAAAUUUAACAGUCUUCAGGAUGCUGCGGUGGAUGCCAUGGCAACUCUUUGUCGCUGUUUAACCUGGAGACAGUACAGUGUUCAGCUGCGAUAUUAUUUGGGAUUAUUACCCAAGAAGCUGCACAUUCAGAAACUGUUGAUACGUGUGAUAGUGGCAGUUCUGGAUGCUUUCCACUUUGACUUGUCCAAAAGCACAUAUACAAUCCGUAAAGUCCCAAAAGCCAUUGAAAAAGAGGCAGUUGCUGAUGGCGCCGAACUGGAUAUGAAUGCUGACACUGGUGAGAUUGUCGAUGAACAAAUUGAUGUGGUGACAAACGGACAGAUGGACACACAGUUAAAUGAAAAUGAAGGGCAUAGGAUAUUCAAUUUUAAAGAGAAAACAGUGUGUACUGAGGAAGUGGCAACAAAAAUUCACUAUUUGAUUCUUCAAACCAUUCUUCCCCAGCUUCACAAAUGUCUGACGGAAAAGGUGAAAAGUGAUGGAGAACACAAACUGGCAAAGAAGAAGUAUGCUGAGGAUGAUGAAGUCUUAAGAGUACCCAUUGCUCUGGCCAUGGUGAAAUUGUUACAGAGUCUGCCUCAGGGGUCACUUCAUCAGAACCUUCCCAGCAUUCUGAUGAAAGUGUGCCACUUCUUAAAGUCAAGAUCUAAAGAUGUCCGUGAGAUCUCCCGGGAUACGCUUGUCAAGAUGUCCAUGUCAUUAGGGGUACAAUACUUCCCCUACAUCCUCAAGGAAAUGAGAUCAACUCUGAAGAGAGGCUACCAGCUCCAUGUCCUGUCCUACACUGUGCACACAAUCCUGAGAAACCUGAGUAGCCAGCUCACCCCUGGGGCUCUUGACCCCUGUCUAACCAGCCUGCUGGAGGUUUUUAAUGAAGAAGUAUUUGGUCAAGUGGCAGAAGAAAAGGAUGUGGAGGGCAUUGUGGGUAAACUCAUGGAGGCAAAGAGCAGCAAAAGUUAUGACUCGUAUGAGCUGAUUGGUCGAUUAGUCGGCCAAAACUCUCUUACUCUGCUGAUUCAACCCCUGAAACAGAUAUUGGACACUUCACGGAAUCACAAGACCUCUAAGAAAGCGCAGGACAUUUUACAGAGGGUCAGUAAGGGGUUCCUAGAAAACCCUGGCCUCACAGAGGAGAAUGUUCUGGUGUUCAUACAUGGUCUGACCAGUGAGACGCUUCCUGUACUGUUCUGUGACAAGCAGACGGAUAAGAAGAAAGUCCUGGAAGAGCAGAAGCCUGGUGAACGACCACCCAGUUGUCUCCUCUUGACUACAGCUGCUCCUAGAGGGGGAGUCAAACCAAAAGGCAGCCAGAGGACCAAUGUUCACAUUCUGGUGGAAUUUGGUUUGCAGUUACUACAUUUAUUGCUGAAGAAAUCUCGUCUCGUCCCCUCAAAUCUGGCCAAUUUACAGAUGUUAGAUCCCUUCAUCAGUGUAUUAGCAGAUUGUCUCACCUCUAAACAUGUCAAGAUGACGUGUGUAUCUCUGCGAUGUCUGUGCUGGCUGUUGAAGUUCCCUCUCCCCUCGCUGGAGACCCAGGUAGAGAGAAUUGCCAGCUCUUUGUUUGUUUUAUUGAAGAACUACGCCACCGCGGGCGCAGCCAAGGGAGAUAACAAAGAACUGGUCUCCAUGUGCUUUAAGACUGUGACUGUACUUGUACGAGAUGUGAAGCUGUACAAACUGGGUACGGACCAGCUGAAGGUUUUGCUCAGUUUCUGUGAGGAAGACAUCCAUGACUUUAACAGACAAGGGACGGCUUUCACCUUGCUUAAAGCCAUACUAUCCAGAAAGGUUGUGUUACCUGAGGUCCAUGAACUAAUGCUGAAGGUGGAGAAGAUGGCGUUGACAGGGGAUUCCCCUCAUGUCAGGCUACAGAGUCGGCAGCUCACCCUUCAGUACUUGAUUGAUUACCCACUGGGGAAUAAACUGCAGAAACACCUAGAGUUCUUCGUCACUCAGUUGGAGUAUGAGAUGGAGUCGGGCAGAGAAUCCACACUGGAAAUGUUGGCCACCAUAUUUUCCAGUUUUCCACAGAAUGUCUUGAUCAAGUUUUCUGGGCUAUUUUUCUUCCCCAUGGCAACAAGCCUGGCUAAUGAUGAGUCAGCAAAAUGCAAGAAACUUACAGCAUUGGCUCUCAAGUCUCUUCUAGAAAAAAUUGAUCUCAAUACAAGGAAUGAGCUCUUUGCUGUAACAUUGAAGUGGUUCCGGGAUAACAAGGUCCGACAUAGAAUUUUGGGAGCCCAGCUGUGUGGGUUGUUUGUGGAAGUGGAGUCGGCUAAGUUUGAAAAUCAUCUGGAGGAAGUUUUACCUGUACUACAGGAACAGAUAGAUCCUGACAGGUACAAACAGGAGGGAGUGACACAAGGUGAAGAACAGGAACUGGACCAGCUGUUGUUCAAUUGUCUCAACUCACUGAUGAAGAUUCUCAGGGAAUGUAAUGUUCUCAGAAACCCGAAAUGGACUCUGCACUUUUCUGUCAUAUGGGAUCAUAUUCGUCACCAUCUGACGUAUGACCAUAUGUGGGUCCGAUAUGUGUCCUGUCAGUUGAUUGGUCUGCUGUUCUCAGCAUGGUCACCUGAUGAGCUUGUUUCCGCAGUAACCACACCUCAGGAGACAGAAGAAUACCUCCUGAAUAACACUUUGUCAAAGCUGUCCACUUUGGCCACAGAUCUUUGUUCUCAGUUACAAUCAACUCUGCUGGAUCAAGAUCUAGCAGAACAAGUCAUUAAAAAUAUGGUAUUUAUCACAAGGACAGCAAAGCUCAUAACAUCCACUGUGAAGCAGAAAACAGAGAAAGAUGAGAUAGAGGAUACGGAUGAGAGCUCUGUAAAGGGAGACAAGUCUUCAGUGCUUUCUCUCAGAUGGCUCGUGAAGAAAAUGGUGCGAGAAGCCAACCAUGAGACGAUAAAUCAGCCUAAAGUCACAAUUAAGAGGAAGAACGUGUUUAAGUGGCUGGCGGCAGUGAGCCUGGACCUGGGAGAGCCCAUCCUGUCAGGUAUCCUCCCACUGAUGUUACCUCCUUUGAUUAGAGAGUCCAGUGAGAAGACUAACUCUACAGAUACAGCUUUAAAAUCUCUGGCACUAGAAGUCUUGGAGCUGAUCAAGGGGAUUGUGGGUGUGGAGAUUUUCACGCAGUUGUACACAAAGGUCCAGCGUGUCCUUCAGGAGCGCAGGAUCAGCAGAAAACGACAAAGGGCAGAAGAGGCUGUCACCAAUCCAGAAAUGGCUGCCAAAAGAAAGUUGAAGAAGAAUCUUAGCAAAAAAGAGGCUAAGAAAAGGCGAAUUGAGCAGUUCCGACCUGCUAAAAAAGUGAAAAAGAGAAAACUUUGACAUGCUUGCAUAAUAAGGAGACGAUUUAAUGUUGGACCAGAAAUUGAGAAGUGUUGAUUUUGUGUUAAGUCAUCAGAAUAUGACAGCUCCGUGUAUGAGCUGUUGGAUCUUUGGGGGAUGAAGGAGCCUUGUGAUACAUUCAUACAAUAUGAUUACAACUGUAAAAAUGGAAAAAUAUUAAUUUCACUGUGUGAAAUAAAAAUUUUAAGCUAACCCUGUCUAGGCUGUUUACUUGAUAUUUAUUUGAUGAGAAAUGACCUAAAAUUUCGUGCAUGACCAAGUUGCAAAUUUUGUAUGAUUUUGAGGUUUCCAUU